GGGGGGAGGAUGAGAAUCUGAAGGCGUAGAAGAAAUGCUGCAUGUACAAGUACAUCCGCGUGGGGCUAAGUCUUGGCGAGAGAUUCCGCGGCAAUCGCAUGUUGAAGUGCGUUUUCUGCGGGCACGAGUUCCAGGGCAACCAGUUUGUGGCGUCGCGCCAUUGCCGCCAGGGCAAGGGAUGUCCGGAAGUGACCGACGAGGCACUUGUCGACAUGCACUUCAAUAGUGAGUACAAGAUGUCCGACAAGUUCCUACAGCGGAUCCAGCUGUUUGAGGAGCUUCACGGUCCGGCGCCUGCGAUGGAUCCGCGAUGGGACGAGGGAGGGGAGGGAGAGAUGAGGGACGCGAAGGAGCAAAUCGACGUGCACGAUGACGUCGAGGAGGUUGCGCGGGCGGGGUCGUCAGGGACGGAGCAAGGGAAGGGCAUUGUCACCGAGCCGAGGGGGCAGCAGGGCCAGUACUUUGUGUCGGCGCACGUGUCGGCUCGUACACGGGCAAAUGCGGAUACGGCAGAGGCGGGUCCGUCUGCGGGGAAAAGGAAGGAGAGAGAGGAGGGGGCCAGACCGACGGCAGCACAGAAGAAGAUGAGACAGAACACGAUCACGGAGUCAUUCUCUUCAAAGUCGCAGAUGAAGUUCAAGAAGAAGUGGCUGCGGUUUGUGUACAGUCAGCGCCUGGCAUUCAACGUCUUCCGGAGCGAGCCGUGGUUGGACGUCGUCCGACACUUCAGGGAUUUGCCGGGGCUAGUGAAGGCGUUGUGGCCUUCAGAGAAUGAGAUCGCGGACAUAGAGACCAUUGUCUACACGGCGGACGAUGUGGGAGCUGAUCUCGCGGAGGUCAGGGCUCCUUUCUAUGUCACGGGGGCCACCAUCAUGUCAGACGGAAGGAAGUCACGCGAUGCUAGACCAAUCGUUAACUUCCUUGCCGGCGGGUCGCGUGGGGUGAUGCUCGUCCGGACGAUGAACAGGGAGGGUGAGCGGGAUCGGUGGCCUGAUGUGCUGGCGCGUUGGAUCCAGGUGUUCGAUGACUUUCCCCCUAAGUGGAUGAACGCCAUCGGCACUGACUCCUCCUCGGCGUACGUCGUCGCGGCGAACAUGCUCCAGGGGCCCGAGCAGAGGCCUGAGCAUCGACGGAUCACGUGGCUCCCAUGCGCAGUGCAUGUCUGCAACAAGAUGUUGUCAGACAUUCGUUGUUCGGGCGCGUGGUCGAAGGACAUCGUCGUGAGGGGGAGAGCGGUGGUGCGCUUCAUUAAGGAGCACGACACUGCUCUCCAUAUUUUCCGGGGGGAGAGCAGGCAGAUGGGCCUUAUUUAUCCUUGCGAGACACGUUUCGCAUCCGUGUUCGCGAUGGUGGAGCGUUUGCUGGCAGUGAGGUCAGCAUUGGAGAGGACGGUGGAUGGCGAUACUUGGGGUAUGGUCCCUUGGGACCAUUCCGUUCGUCACUUGGCCCAGUUGCGCGACUUCCACACACGGAGGGGGACGAUUGCUUGGGGGGGGAGGGACGAAGACAGAGAUGCACAGAGGUGCACGGGCGAUGCGGAGACGUACGAGUCCGGGUGUUGGUGGUCGAGGUACGGGCAGUGCGCCCCCGUGUUGCAGGUUAUCGCUCUUCGUGUGAUGUAUAUGAUGAUGUGCUCCUCUCCUGCAGAGAGGAAUUGGGCUGUCCACGAGGGUUUACAGACGAAGAAGCAUAACCGACUUGAGUUCGAUAAGGUUGUGAAGUUGGUUGAGAUCUCAACCAACGUCGGCCUUCUCUCUCAUCAGCGGGCAGGCCACGGGUUCGCACUGCCGUGGACUUUGGAUGAGUCAUUGCUGGACGUGGAGGGAGGUAUCGGGACUCGCCCCUCGUGGAAGGGGACGGAUGAGAGCAGGACGCGGGAGGAGCUCGAGGAGCUGAGACGUUCUUGGCAGCGAGACCCAUCCGCCACAUUGCACUCGUACCCUCGCGGUGACAGUGAUUCCGAGGGUGACGAGGACGAGCCGGCGGGCCCCGCUACCGCCGCUCCUGCGGCGGAUGAGCGUGAUGCGUGGAGCGACCCAGAGGACGUCUGGAGACGGAGUGGCCGAGAUAACCUUUUCGUUGGAGUUGAUUUGGAGGAGUCCGGGGGUCGUCAUGAGAGCCCUCUACAUCGUCAGAGGACUACGUCCGCUGACCCGCGGUCCUUGGAGCGAGAGAGAGAUACUGCAUCUGCACCUUCGAGGGGGGCAGAGUCGGGGAUUGGCCAUCGUCCUGCGUGUGUUCGUACUGGCACGGCAUCAUCCACCGCUCUUCUCACAUUGACGGAGCAGCUUCGUCGACAGCCAGCCGGGGACGAUCGAUUGCAGAGAUUGGUGAGGGGCCCGAGACAGCGAUUGCAGGACAGAUUAGAGGUCGGUUCUUCACCGGUGCAGGGGGACGACGGAGAUAGACAGGGGUUGGCUGGUAGAGAUGGUGGUGCGUUGGCCGGAGGUGAAGGCGGUGCAGAGGUUGCUGCGACGGUUGAGGCGCACGAGAUUCGGAGUGUCGAGGAUGAGCGGAUACCGAUGAUGGGGGGCCGAGCCAGUUUCAGUGAGUUUGGUGACUUGAGUAUGCCCCCCGGGAGAGAGCGUGGGUCUGUCCCGAGGAGAGAGCAAGUCCCGUGGGGACAUCAGUGUGGGUAUGCAGGACUUGUUGGGACAGAUCAGCUUGGCGGACCCGAGUGGUUUCUCCCCUGCCAUGCGAGCAGAGGUGAUGCUGGGGCCAGAGGGGGAUGAGGACCGGACACCCCCUGGAGA